GGGCUGCUUGGAGUGAACAGCAUGCAACAUGCUGCCUCUAAGCUCCCGGGUUUCCCCCACGAGCGCUGGAAGAAAGGGAGUCCGAUUGUGCUGGGGAGGAGGAGGAGGAGGAGGCGGCGGAGGGCGGGCAUUUCCAAGCCCGUUCCUAGAGGGAGACAGAGAUCUGUGCGCCUCGCCUCCCCGCGGCUCUAAUUCUUAAAAAAAAAUUGGGGGGGGGGUUUGCGCGCGUGGGGCGCUGGAGGGAAUCGGCGCGUGGAGCGAGAGGAGAGUAGAGCAGAGCGCUGGUUGACUGGGCGGGGAAGGAGUACCGGAGGAGUACCAGGGAACGACUCGGCUUGCAGCGCGCGGAGCUUGGCGGAGGAGCGGCGACGGUUUGCAGCUUGAAAUCCGGCAGGAGAAACCCGAGCGGAGAGGUGGACCGAUCUCCCCCGCUCCCCUUCCUCGAGGAAGGGCCGUCGCCAUGGGCAAUGCGGGGAGCAUGGACUCUCAGCAGACGGACUUCAGGGCGCACAAUCUACCCCUCAAGCUCCCCAUGCCCGAACCGGGCGAGCUGGAAGAAAGAUUCGCCGUCGUGCUGAAUGCCAUGAACUUGCCUCCUGACAAAGCAAGGCUACUCCGACAAUAUGACAAUGAGAAGAAAUGGGAGCUGAUCUGUGAUCAGGAAAGAUUCCAAGUCAAGAAUCCACCUCAUACAUAUAUACAGAAAUUAAAAGGCUAUCUUGAUCCAGCUGUAACUAGGAAGAAAUUUAGGAGAAGAGUUCAAGAAUCUACACAAGUUUUACGGGAACUAGAAAUUUCUUUAAGGACUAAUCACAUUGGGUGGGUCAGGGAAUUUUUGAAUGAAGACAACAAAGGCCUAGAUGUUUUGGUGGAGUAUUUGUCUUUUGCACAGUAUGCAGUCACAUUUGACUUUGAAAGCUUGGAAAAUAAUAUGGAAAAUUCAGUGGACAAAAAUAAACCAUGGAGUAGAUCCAUUGAAGAUCUCCAUCGAGGAAGUAACUUACCUUCUCCAAUUGGCAAUAGUAUUUCCUGUUCCAGCAGGCAUUCUACUCUAAG